AUGAAUACAGAAUUAUAUAUCGAUGCACAACGUCGAUGGCCAAGUCGAAGAAGUCGACCAGGUGGUAAAUGGAUCUUAGCAUCUUUUGAUGAUGAAUCAGUUAUUGUAUAUCAAGCUUAUAAUCAUGAUAUAGCAAAAUAUGCAUGUGAAAAUGGUUGUUUUACUGGAUGUCCAACUUAUAAUGAACAACGAAUGACUUGGAUUAAAACAAGUUUUCUUUGGAUGAUGUAUCGAUCGAAUUGGGCAUCACGUUCAAAUCAACAACAUAUUCUUGCUAUUUGGCUUCGACGUUCAGCAUUUGAUAAUUAUCUUGCACGAUCUGUUAAUUCUGAUAUUGAUGAUCUUCCUUCUGAUUCAUCAAUACGUUUAAAAGGUCGAGUUCGUUUACAAUGGGAUCCUGAUCAUGAACCACAUGGUGAAUCAACACUUGGUCGUCGAGCAAUUCAAUUAGGUCUUAGACAAAUCGAUAGUUUUCUCGAUGGUCGUGAUAUUCUUCGUAUUGUUGAUAUUUCUUCAUUUGUUCGAAAUCAAUAUAUAAACGCUGUUUUACCUAAACGUCGUCGUGGUCGUGAUCAACUUCAUCAACUUCGUAUUCCUACUGUAAAUAUCUAUGAACCAGAAGAUGAACAGAUUCGUCGACAUAUUCAAUUAGAUUCUAUUGAUAUAACAGAAACACGAUGA